AGGUAUUGAAUGCAAGAAACCACCCCACUAUCAUUAACGACUUCCAGAUCUCUCUGGCACCCUCUAGACAUCUCCAAUAAUUGAGGUUUCUCAAAAAUACGAGUUAUUUUACUUUCGCAUCGGUGACACUUUUCUACCACAAAGUAGACAGGUUUGCCCUGUAAGAGGACAAGAUGGUUGCGCCAGCUGUUCCUGAGUAUGUAUAUGAUCUCGCCUUUUUCGCAGAGUGCUUAUGUGGAUUGCGGGUCUUCUAUUAUCUCAAGGAACUCACUAAUAUAGCAUCGCAGACUUACUGAAGAGCUUGUUCAUGAAUCCAUCGAUGCGCGAUCUGAAGUUCUAGCAGCUCUACGAGAAUUGGGCCCGCCAGAUUUGGUACAAUUGAUAAAACAAGCCCCGAGAAAUCCAGUAAAGCAGGUAUUUACCACAAUCUUUUAGUAGUUUUUCAAAUUGAUUGAUUGCUCUGGUAGAUUGGUGUGUAUCAUCAUGUCACCGGGGUUGACGCAUCAUCAUCGGCAAGCUUAGCUGCGUAUAUCAACACCCUUACCUAUAAAGAAAAUCAUCAAUCUACGACAAAGAUAGUGGAGGGUGUAUACUGGUAGGAUCCAGAAACUUGACAACCCCUGCGCGUUACUAAUUUUCAAUAGUUGUUACAAUGCAUUUUCUCGGUUGGAUAUGCGCGUCCAUGUCACCAUCCCAGGAAGCGUCGAAAGCUACUGCGUCGAUGAACGAGGCGAUAAGAGAACGACCACGGAUGAGUUAUGGCUGGAAACAUACUUGUGUAGCGUCCUUCGGGCAUAUUCUUAUGCUGAUGAUGGAAGUGGGGAUACCAUUCGAAAGAUAAUGGGAGUUAGGAGAUUUAACCCGGUGACGACAACGGAGACAGAACAUAGGUUCCUUCAGGCUGCCGAACAAUUAUUUUUUAGAGGUAUGCCACCUCAUGUUGAGCAAAAACCAGUGCUGACUGCUAUAGGUUGGCAACUCGGAUCCGAUUCGAUCGUUCAGGUUCCAAACAACGUCUCGAAUCAUUUAACAACAGGUCUUCUAAAGUACUUUCAAACUACUGGACGAUAUGCCUCUGGAAUCAACCUAUUUGAGAAGCUACGAACCAGAAAUAUUGAGGUUUCAUCUCUCUUAGCCAAGGUCCUGUUUAUGGGCAACGAGGAGGUACAAGCCGUCAGGGUAUUACAUGAAUCUGUGAAGCAAUCACCAAUGGAUUAUGUUAUGCUUGAUACCCAAGCAGAAUUUUUGAAGAAGAAAGCAAUGGACAUAAAUAAACCGCAAUUCAAAACUGAAAGGCUGCAAAUGGCUCUUGGCUGUGCUGAUAGAAGUACUAUUGCUGCGCCAAGCGAGUUUGGCACAUGGGCACGCUUAGCUGAAGUUUAUGUUGCGAUGGAAGAUUGGGAAAACGCUCUUACAACCCUCAAUUCAUGCCCCAUGUUCACAUAUCAAGACAAGGAUGCUCCUAACAUGCCAGAGCCUAAGGAGAUCCACCUCCCCACCCUUCCCGAGACUAGGUUAGAUGAGAUCGAUAGUGAACCGGAGUCAAGGUUAUCGGAACAAGUUCAUCCAAGUCUUCAAAAUCUACGUGCCGCUAUGUACAAAGGUACUUUCAAACACGCUUAUAGUAUUUUGACGGAAAUGACAGCUAAGAUUGGCUGGGAUCAACUUCUCAAGAUCAGGAGUAAUGUAUUUGUCAUGGAAGAGGAGUAUAGAAGUGAGAAACAACCACCAGUUGGUCAACAAGGUGAACCCACUAAGCGUAGUGCAAGCACCGACGUACUGAGAGGAAGUCCAGGUCCUCGUGUAAAUGGCGAUGACCAUUCCGACGAUGAAAAGAGUACGAACGGCGAUUCGGCAGCCCCUAAACCAAAUGACGAGGAUGGUAGCGGAGCCGAUGACUCGGUAGAAAAACCAUCGCACACAGUUGCUGCAGAAGAAGUUAAGAGCGGUACUGAAGAUGUGAGUGACGAUUCAGAUUCUCAUGUGAACUCGCUAACGUGAACAGAACGAGACUACCGAAGAACAGCUUUCCCGGUUCAAUAACAAGCGCCUUUGUGAGCGGUGGCUGGACAGUCUUUUCAUGGUUCUUUAUGAAGACCUUCGUAUCUAUACCAUAUGGAGAACUGAAAUGGCGCAGUACCGUGCACAACAGAUGCAAUACAAAAAAUCAGCUGAAGAAUGGGAAAUCCUCGGCUCGUUGGCUGACAGGCUUCAUCACCAACCAGAAGCUGUGGAAGCUUAUCGUAAUUGUCUUCAAAUACGUUUCUCCCCCAAAGCAUUGGCGGGCAUUCUUGCUGAAUUGGAAAAGAACAAGAAUACUCGAGACACAGUUGCUAGUGUCAUUAGACUAGUCACUUGGCAAUAUAGAUGGUACUCGGAGUUCUCUCCAGAAUUGUUAUACACGAUACGCACACUCAUAGAGGAUGAAGGUGCCGUGAAGGUUAGGAGUAUCAUUCAAGCAACAAGCUUACCACAAAACGUCUUGGACUUGACACACCACUACGCAGCACUUUGUGCGGCAUUUAGAAGUAGUGGUACUGAAGGAUGAAGGGCUGUGCAGUAGAGUCGAAUGAGAAAUUGAGAGGUUAAAUAUGUGAAUUGGGAAGUGGAGGUUUCAUGUUUUUAGAAAUUAGCGGGUUAAGAUGGGGCUGAUAUCCAAAUAUCCUAAAACUUGAUAGGAACAAAAGUUCGACUUGGCACAAAUCAUGUAUAGUAUACUAUAAUUGCUUUGAGAGGUACAAUAAUUGACACCCAUACUUCUUACAUGGCAUGAGAUAU